GUUGGGCCUGGGGGCCCAUAUCUAAACAAUAAAUAUUUACCGCCAAAUAUUUUCCCUCCAAUAAAAGAAAAACAUACAUAAUUCAUAAUUCACCUUCUCCAAAUUCAAAAUUUCAAAUCUCGCAGAACCUCAACAAUGAGAAUCUCGGAAAUCUCUUCACCGGAUCUCUGGCGACCGAACCAAAACCCUCAAUCUCCAAACGAUCAAAAUCAGUACCAUCAUCUCCUCUCUCAGAUCGAUUCUCUAAUAAAACAAACAGAAACCAUUUCUCCUUCCAACAACGACAUCAACAUCAGCUCCUUAUCCACACACCUCCGUCAAAUCCUAACUGACCUCUCUCAACUCCAACAACAACAUCCUUUCUCUAAUUCCGUCAACCUCCAUAUCUGGAAACUUAGUUACCGUUUAUGGAACUCCUGCGUCGACAUUUCAAAUUAUUCCUCCUCCUCCUCCUCCACUGUCACUCUUCGGCACAUUGCUUCCGACAUGCUCUUUCUCGCCGUAAACGUUACCGGCGUUCCUUCUCCAGUCAUCAAAUCCGCUUCCUUCUACUAUAAAACUGGCCUUAUCUAUCAUGACCUUAAAAACUUCGACCUCGCUUCCACUUGCUUCGAAAAAGCAACCGAUAUUCUCUCAAAAAUCGAUUUAAUGAAAAUUUCCGAUCCAGGAGAGAGGAAACUGAUCUUAGAUUUAAAUCUCUCGAGAUCCCGUUCUGCUUGGGAAGUAUCCGACAAAAAUCUUGCGAUCACUUUACUAAACCGGGCUAAAAACAUGCUUUUCGGGACGUUUGAUCACUACAAGAAUCUCUCACUCCAAUACUUAGCAUUUAGCAAGAGUUUAUUAUCCAAAAGGGAGACCAAUGAUGAUAAUAGUAGUAAUAAUGCUUUAAACGAUGCGUUUAAGCUACUAACCGAAGCUCUUGAUUUAUGUCAGAAAGGAUCCACUGUAUCAAGAACACGAGAACAAACAUUGGAACUCAACGAAUUAAGAUCCAAGACGCUGCGUUUUAUCUCGGCCGUACAUUUACAAAAGGAAGAGUAUGAAAGUGUGUUAAAAUGCGUUAGGGUUUUAAGAGGAGGAGAAGGUGAAGGCGGGGACCACCAUGCUAGUUUAGCUGUUUUGGCUAUGAAGGCGUGGUUAGGGCUAGAGAGAUAUGAAGAAGCGGAGAAAGAGCUGAGGGGUAUGGUUGUAAAUAAGGGAGUUCCUGAGGGUGUUUGGGUAUCUGCUGUGGAAGCUUAUUUUGAAGCAGCUGGAACAGCUGCUGCCGAGACUAUUAAGGGAUUGUUUUUGGGGCUUUUAGGAAGGUGCCACGUAAGCGCUAGUGCUGCAGUCAAGAUUGCUCAUAGGGUAAUUGGGAGUGGUGGUGAAGAGUCUAGUAUUAGGGCUAAGGUUGUAGCUGAGUUGGUUUCUGAUGAGAGAGUGGUGGCGCUUUUUGUGGGAGAGGGAGUUGUUAAAGAGAGGAAAGCUAUGCAUGCUGUUCUUUGGAAUUGUGCUUCAGAUCAUUUCAGAUCAAAAGAAUACAAGACUAGCGCAGAGUUGUUUGAAAAAUCACUGCUUUAUAUUCCAUAUGACAUCGAGAAUAGAAUCCUCCGAGCAAAGGGCUUUAGAGUUUUGAGUCUAUGCUACCUUGCUCUCAAUCAGCACGACAGAGCAGAAGAAUACAUCAAUGAGGCUGAAAAGCUUGAACCCAACACUGCCUCUGCUUUUCUUAAGUUCAAGAUCUAUCUCCAGAAAAACAACCAUAGUGGUGCCUUAAAUCAGAUCCAAGCAAUGAAAGCUUGCAUUGAUUUCAUUCCAGACUUCCUUUCCCUCGCAGCCCAUGAAGCUAUUGCUUGCCAUUCUCUUUCCAUAGCUGCUGCCUCCUUGUCAAAUCUCUUAAACUUCUACACCUUAGGAAAACCAAUGCCAACAACUGAAGUUGAAGUGCUACGAACUAUAAUUACGAUUCUCAGUAAGGACAUUGGUAAUGAAUCAGAAGUCCUGAAGUUUAUGAAACGUGCUCAUACAAGAGCAUCUGAGCUUGGGACAGAGCGCUUUUAUGGGAAAGGUGAAGUUGGAAAACGGGAACAAAAUUGGUUUGCAGUGACUUCAUGGAAUUUUGGGACAAAAUGUGGGAAAGAAAAGAACUAUGAAUUAUGUUCAGAAUUUUUAAGAUUAAUCUCAGAAUUCUGUGCUGCUCCUAUUGAGGGGCAAAUAGAGGAACACGAUAUUAUGGUUUGUAAAUCAUUAAUAUUGACUGUAUCUGCCAUGAUAGCUUCAGAGAAUCAAAAGAAGGUUGCAUUGAUAGAAUCUGAAGUGAAACAAGCUGUUGAACUGCUAGAUAAAGCGGGGAAGAUGCUUAAUUUAAUUUCAACGGAAGCUCGAUUUCUUGAUGAUAAAAUAACGACAAUUGAGCCAGAGUUUUUCUUCAUGUACACCCUCAAUGCCUCUGAUAUACACGGACGACUUGAUAACCUAGGGUUGCAACAGCAGCUCUACCUCGUAAAGAGUUUUGCCAGCUCAAAGGCUUGCAAUCCGAAGUAUCUUCUCCAAAUAGGCCUCCAUGCCUCCCGUGGUCCACGGGCUAACCCUGAGGUAGCCACCUUUGCUCUAAAUGAGUGUCUUUCAGCCCUUCUUUCAUCACCCUCACCAGACUAUCAAGACAUUGCUCUUAUAGUUCGAGCACUGAUUUUAGUAGCAAGCCUUCACAAGGGUGAUUCAGAUGACGAUUUUGUGUAUAAUAUGUACAAACAAGCAUACCGGAUAAUGGUUGGGCUGAAGGAAGGAGAGUAUCCCAUUGAGGAAGGAAAAUGGCUUGCAAUGACUGCGUGGAACCGGGCAGGACUGCCAGUGAGGCUGGGACUGGUUGAUGCUGCAAGGAAAUGGAUGGACAUUGGGUUGGAGCUUGCUAGGAAGGUUUUAGGGAUGGAGACUUACAGGGCAUGUAUGGAGGAUUUUGUUGCUGCUUCUGGAAAGAAACUACAAUUGCAGAAUAAUGGUUAAAGCAAGCACUUGCCUAGUAGUAUUAUAUGCACAUCUUCUAAAGACUAUCAACUAGAACAUAUUACCUGAAGAAUAUAAUCCCGCAGACAUAAAAACUGCAGUGUUUGUAUAGAAA